AAGCCAUGUUUCUACCAAGACUUCGAGGCAGACAUUCCUCCCCAGCAUCUCAGCAUGACCAAGCGCCUCUACUACCUCUGGAUAUAGCCUUAUGGAGUCCAGGCCUGGCAGGCUCCCAGAACUCAAAGCCACCAGACCCCACGUGGACCCAGGGGCCUCAUGUCCAGCCACUGCACCCUCAGUGGAGAGAAAGCUCCAUGUUCUCGUGGGUGUCACUGGGAGUGUCGCGGCCCUGAAGUUGCCUCUUCUGGUGUCAAGGCUUUUGGACAUUCCUGGGCUGGAAGUAGCAGUGGUCACAACUGAGAGAGCCAAACAUUUCUACAGCCCCCAGGAUGUUCCUGUCACCCUCUACAGUGAUGCUGAUGAAUGGGAGAUGUGGAAGCACCGCUCCGACCCAGUUCUCCACAUUGACCUGCGGAGGUGGGCAGACCUCCUGCUAGUGGCUCCUCUUGAUGCCAACACUCUGGGGAAGGUAGCCAGUGGCAUCUGUGACAACUUGCUUACGUGUGUCAUCCGGGCCUGGGACCUCAGCAAGCCCCUGCUCUUCUGCCCGGCGAUGAACACUGCCAUGUGGGAGCACCCUGUCACUGCACAGCAGGUGGGCCAGCUCCAGGCCUUCGGCUACAUUGAGAUCCCCUGUGUGGCCAAGAAGCUGGUUUGUGGAGACCAAGGUCUGGGGGCCAUGGCUGAAGUGGACACCAUUGUGAACAAAGUGAGAGAAGUCCUCCUCCAGCGUGGUGGCUUCCAGCAGAGCUGAACUGGCUUUCUGUCAUGUGUCCCUCUGCACUCAACGUGUUUUCAGGCCAAGCUGGUGAAGAAGGUGGAUGCUGGCAAAAUAUGGUAAAGGUUCCUCCAUUUCCUGAGUAGGGGUCUGACCGGGGUCUGCUCUGGUGCCUCCACAGGAGCCUGACCUGUUCCCGGUUAAAGUGGACAGAAGGCCCAGGUCCCAGUUUCUUUCAACCAGGAGACGCCUGCUGUCUGGAGCCCCUCCCCACUUUUCCUGGGAUGGGCCGGGCAAGCCAAGGGAGCAAGCUGCCGCCUUGUCCCUGUGCUCGCAGGAAGAGGACUGUGUGGCUGGCAAACCUUGAUUCUACAUCUUUCCAGGAACCACUUUUAGAAAGACCCCAGCAGCACAUCCCUGGCCAGGCCUUGGGAGUUUCAGUUCUUCGAUGGGGUGCCCAGGUGCCAGAGUCAGGAGGUCUGCCAGUUGGCAGGACUCCUGCCGGCCAUGCUAUGAGAUUGGGAGUGCUGGGAAAUAAAGAAAAAUGACCAUUUA